ACGAGGGGCCGAGGUGAGCUGUUUAAAAGGUGGGAGCUGGCGCUGCGGGCCGGGCGGGGGGCCGCGGGGCUGCGAUGCGGACGACACCGCGGCGGUGACCUGAGCUGCCGCCCGAAAUGAACUCGCUGGAGCAAGCGGAAGACCUCAAGGCUUUCGAGAGGAGACUCACUGAAUAUAUUCAUUGUUUGCAACCUGCCACUGGGCGUUGGAGAAUGCUGCUUAUAGUGGUGUCUGUCUGUACAGCUACUGGGGCCUGGAACUGGUUAAUAGAUCCAGAGACACAAAAGGUGUCCUUCUUGACAUCACUGUGGAAUCAUCCAUUUUUUACCAUUAGCUGUAUUACCCUAAUAGGCUUGUUCUUUGCCGGAAUACACAAGAGAGUAGUGGCACCGUCAAUUAUAGCCGCUCGAUGUCGAACUAUAUUAGCAGAAUACAAUAUGUCUUGUGAUGAUACAGGAAAACUUAUUUUGAAACCUAGGCCUCAUGUUCAAUGACAAAUCUGCAAUCAUUGUUUUGGGACCUAAAACAGCCUUUCUUCAAAUAAGUGAUACAGCAAAAAGCCAUAAAGGAUUCCUUAUACAGUUGGAUGUGCGAAGGUCAUAGCAACAGUUGACAAGAAGUGUGCAAUAUUUGCCCAGAUUACCUUGAUUAUCUAUGAUGAUGAUGACUGGCAUUUAUCAGUGCUUUGGUACCUUUGAUUAUCUGCUUCAGUGUUAGUGUCACUUUAGUACUUCAGGUGCUGCAAAGAAAGAUUCCUGCAGCUGAAGUAUGUAUGUAUGUUACUAAGUUAAACUUAGAAACAGAACCUCAUCCAGUUUUUUAUAAUGUAUUUUUGCAAACUACUGUACAUAGCAAAUCAAUGCCAAUGUAAAAGAGGAAAAUGUUAUGUGGACUUUGUUCUUCUGCACCAGUAUUUCAGGAACAUCUGUUUGCCAUCUCCACAGCUCUUUAACACCAGCUAUUCUGUAUAGCUGUGCCUUUCACACUUACCCUCCUCUCUUUUAAUCCUUAAGUAGGAAGAGCAUCAGCUUGAACCUAGGCUGAAGAACAGUGAUCUCCAUUAUAAUUAAAAUUAUGUUUAAAGAAACAAUUUUUUGUUAAACCGGAUAGAGAACUUCAGCUACCGUUGUGAUAUUUUCCAGUUUGUUGUUUUCACUUAAUGAUAAAUAUACUUUAUAUUUUUUUAUUAAUUUUAAGAAUAUUCCAAAGGCUUCUGAAUCUACAAGUGUGGUUGUAAAUUAUGUAUCAUGUGGGAGUUGGCUAGUCAUUGUUCUAGAUUUUAUGCUGUGGGAGACACACUGUUAUACUAGUAUUACACAGUGUAACUGAUGAGCCUCCUUCACAGAGACACCUUGGGAGUGGUGCCACGAACUAGAGUCUACAGUUCUCACUGUUCAGAGAGUGUUAAUGGCAUACUGUGUAUGCACAUUAGCUGCAUGUAUCAUAAUAGCCCUUAAAAUUAAACUAUUGGGAUGGCUGUAAAUAUUUUAAAGAACUGGAGGUGCCUUUUUACCUGUUUAUUAGAAGAUUUUGAAAAGGUUUAAAUUAUUUUAUGAGCAAUCUUUUAAAUUUCACUUAACACAAAGCUGACAAUUCAGUAAUAGGACAAAAAAGUUUUUAACAAGGCUAUCAUUUGGCUUAAAUAUCUGAUUUUUGCUUUCACAUGUAUAUAAUUUUAUUCUUUGAACUGCAGCAGUAAGACCCUCUGCCCCCUAGAAAGUCUUACGAGGGUAUUCUAUGUAUCCUGCAUUGUUUUCUGUAAAUUUUGUAGGUAAAUAUGUGCAUAAAAUAAAUACUUUAUAUAUA